CUUUAGAGCGAGAAGUUGGCAGCGACAGUCUGAGAGCUACUGAGGCAUUUGCGGUAAUUUAGAGCAAACAGGAUCUGAGGAUUAACUUCCAACUCAUCCCUAGACACAGGAUGUGUGGUAGAUGAUAGCAAGUUUCUUCUGGGUAUAGUCACUGCACAGGUCUAGAGGAACAUAGGUCUGCCGGGCUUGUAAGUUUAAACACUUUUUAAAAUACUUUGUUUGGAGUGACAUUGCUGUCUGUUUGAGGUGUAGCCAUGUACAGCAUGAUGGAGCACGACUUGAAGUCCUCGGUGCAGUCCCACCAGACAGGCCCAGGGAUGCCACCUGUGAACGGGCCCAUGCACGGGCUCAGCAACGGGGGGAGCAAACAAGGAGCGGCCAACCAGGCCACCGUGGACCCCAUGGACAAGAUCAAGCGGCCCAUGAACGCCUUCAUGGUCUGGUCCAGGGGCCAGCGGCGCAAGAUGGCCCAGGAGAACCCCAAGAUGCACAACUCGGAGAUCAGCAAGCGCCUGGGCGCCGAGUGGAAGCUGCUGACCGACGCCGAGAAGCGGCCGUUCAUCGACGAGGCCAAGCGGCUGCGCGCGCUCCACAUGAAGGAGUACCCCGACUACAAGUACAAGCCCCGCCGCAAGACCAAGGCCGUGCUCAAGAAGGACAACCCCGCCGCCAAGUACCCGCUGUCGGCCGGCAACCUGUUGGCCGCGGCGGCCGUCCAGGGCCCCGGGGGAAGCCCCAGGAUGGACAGCUACGGCUGGGGCCACACGGGAGGGUACGGGGGCAUGCAGAGCGACGCGCUUGGGUACGGCCAGCAGCCGUACCGCUAUGACCUCUCGGCCCUGCAGUACCCGUCAGCGAUGACCACCGCGCAGACGUACAUGAACGGCGGCAACUCCUACAGCCCCAUGUCCUAUGGCGGCAACCCCCAGCAGCCCAGCCCAGUGAUGUCUAUGGUGAAGCCUGAGUCCGUGUCACAUUCCCCAACUGGCGCCCCAAACCACCAGCGGGGGCCCCUGCAAGGGGACUUGAGGGACAUGAUCAGCAUGUACAUCCCAAACGGGGACGCCAGCGACGCCGGCGUCCAGAGGGGCUAUCCCAACCUCCAGCAGCACUACGUGGGGGGAACGCCACCCCUCACACACAUCUGACCGGCGCGGCGCACAGAUAUCCCCCCCCUCUCCCGGUAACGAGAGGCCUCCAGCACCGACCCGGGUCAUGUGACUGUGUGAUUUGUCAUGUGGUUUCGGACGAGGCGCUUCGCUCUCCCGCUUGUGGCCCGAGGAGACCGGCGGCCGGUCUCUGGCCUCAGGCUGCUUUGGGGUGCCCGCCUUUGUUGUCACUGUAAGACAAAAGAGACGUGUUUGCUGCAAGGCUAUGACGCUUUGUUUGGCCAAAUACUGUGGAUAUCAUAUCCAAGUGUGUAUGAUAGUUUUAUGUCAUUGUGACAGUGUUGCCGUUAGUCCUGACAGGUGACGUGUCCUGAUAAUGUUAUAUUGGAUGGCAAACCAGGUUGACAUUCUCAGUUGCCGAAAAGAAACUGUGUUCACUCACCAUCACAUUCCCAAAUAGUUUUUUUUCUUUUAAAUCAAUGUUUUGAGUAAUGUGAAUUGUGACUGAGGAGAGUUCCUUAUCUUUUUCUCUCUAAGAUACAGAGAUAGUCAGGAACUCCCUGCCCUCCUCAAUAGCGAGGAACUUUGAUGGAGGAACUUCAAGAAUGUUCAUCAGAGGGCAUUAUUGUUGAUAUGUAGACUGUAAUUAUAGGUGGCAAUUCAACAAGAUUGAGAAUGUUGAAUCUUAUCAAUGUCUUCCCAAGUUAGGGUCUACAAACUGCUGUACAUAAAAACUUAAAUCCAGUGUAAUAUGAAAUUUGCAAUUUGCAAGAUGUUGGCAACAUAGUGUCAGCUUCUCAAUGAUGUAAAUAUGUUUUUCAUAGUGUGUUUAAAUGUGUUGGUGAAGACCCCGUGUGAAUGAGAUUGUACUGUGUAUAAUUUUGUUUUACUCACCCUUAUACUAAGGGUAACUAUUGCAUUGUGUAACUUGAAACUGUUAAA